AUGAAGGUGUCCUACCUGCGGGUGUUCGCGGGGGGCCUCCUGGCCAUCCUGCUCGUGCUGGUGCUGUGCUUCCGACAGCUGCCCACGUCGCCCGCGGAGCCGAACGCGCGCGCAGGAGGUGACCCAGGUGAGGCGGCCGGAGCGCGCGGCGUCACCGUGCUACUCUGGUACCACCCGUUCGGCGCGCGGCGCGCCAUGCCCGACUGCGCCGCCCUGUACGCCAUCCCCGGCUGCAUCGUGACCGCGAAUCGGAGCGCGUACCCGCGGGCGGACGCCGUGCUCGUCCACCACCGCGACAUCAGGGGCAACGUGAGCCGGCUGCCGCAGAGCGCGCGACGCGGCGCGCAGAAGUGGAUCUGGAUGAACUUCGAGUCGCCCACGCACACGAAGCACCUGGAGCGCCUCGAGGGGCUCUUCAACAUGACCAUGUCGUACAAGCUCGGCUCCGACAUCUUUGUGCCUUACGGCUACCUGGAGCGCGCGCGAGCCCCGCCCCGGCGCGUGCCGCUGCCCACGAAGCGGCGGCUCGUGGCGUGGGUGGUGAGCAACUGGAACGAGGCGCACGCGCGGGUCGUCUUCUACUGGAACCUGCGCAGGUACGUCCCGAUCGACGUGUACGGGCGCGCGGGCGCCGAGCUCGUGGGCGACAGCGUGGUGCGCACCGUGUCCGCCUACAAGUUCUACCUGGCGUGGGAGAACUCGCAGCACACGGACUACAUCACAGAGAAGCUGUGGCACAACGCGCUGCAGUCGAGCGCCGUGCCCGUGGUGCUCGGGCCGCCGCGGAGCAACUACGAGAAGUUUCUGCCCGCGGACGCCUUCAUCCACGUGGACGACUUCAGCGGGCCCGCGCAGCUCGCCGCCUACCUGCGCUUCCUGGCGCGCAACCCGCGCAGCUACCUGCGCUACUUCGCGUGGAAGCGCCGCUACACCGUGCACGUGGCCUCCUUCUGGCACGAGCACUACUGCGCGGCGUGCGCGGCGGUGCGCGCCUCCGCGCGCCACGCCAAGGUGGUCUCGGACCUGGCGCUGUGGUUCCACGCGUGAGAGCCUGUCUGAGCUAACUGAGGGCUCGCGGCGUGGAUGAAGAGGAAGCGGUAAAAGUCGAGCGGAGCUUUGCGCGCUCAACCCUUCCCUUAUUAUAUUUAUUCUCACGCGACUGCUUAUAGUAAUUCCUUUUUUUUUUUUUCCCCUUCUCAUUUUUGGAAGUCUGAUUCUGGAACAUGAUUUUCCUACAGCGGGGAGUGACCACGUUUCCCAACAACGCCAGUUACUGUUUUUAAAACUGAUCAUUAGUUUCCCCCCCUUUUUUUUCUUUUCCUGUCCGUGUUCCAGUGUGAAGCACAGACAGGAGCCUUUCGGCCAUGUGCACCUGGACGUGACCCUCGGUCGCGCGCCCUGCCACGCCACCCCCACCUGGCCUACAAACAAACGCUUCUCCUGGUAUCGCGGAUGCCCCCUAUGCCCUGGUGAAAUACAACGAUAUGUAAAUGUGUCACCUGAUCCGACCUUCUCGCUGGGGGGCGGACCCACCGUCGCCGUGUCGCCGUGUUCGAGACUCGACGGGACACACGGCAGGUGUCACCUCUCUGCGACGCGCCGGGGGACUCGCAGUAACUCAGUAGGGCGGCAGGUAGCGUAGGGGUUGUGGCCUUGAAACCCGAAGGUCAUCGGUUCAGUUCCUCCUGCUGCUAUAUCCCUACCUUCAACUGAUACAGUAGUAAUAAUGCUGUACGUUGAGGCAAAUCAUGGUAAAGCUGCUUACCCACCAGUGUAAAAUGCCUUGAACGAAACGGUCGUGUGAAUAAAAACAGUGGCUGGGGGGGGAGGUGCUUACUUUAACUGCGUGUGUUUUCCUCGCUUGCCAUCUGUGUGCAGUCGCCUCUCGGCACACACCUUUGACGUGGGAGGAGGGGUGUAGCAGUACACAAUGGCCCUCUCUACACACAGAGAUACACUCACACACACACACACACACACUCCCCGAGUCCCGCCCAUACUCUACAAUACCUCCACAGCGAAACGGUUAUGGUUAAAUUCAGCUGAGCAGCAGCUUUGUUUCCUCCUCUUCUUCCUCCUUCGU